CGUUGAGGGAGACAGAGAGAGACAGACACAGAGAGAGAGAGAGAGAGAGAGAGAGAGGGGGGACAGGAACAGCGGAGAACAUUCACAACAAGGGGGGGGGAAACUGCCUGGCGCGUCUGUCGUGGUCGCGUCCUUAAGGCUGCUUCCCGCCGGGGACCUCAGAAUGUUCUGCGCUCCCGGUUCAUUUCUUCGGUACACGAACCAGUCUACGCGGCGUCUCCACGGACACUGAAAGCCCAGAUGCUCACCCUCUCCGCCGACAUGGACGAGUCUUCGUCGCUGCUGGAUCUGCUGGAGUGCUCGGUGUGCCUGGAGCGCCUGGACACCACGGCCAAGGUCCUCCCGUGCCAGCACACCUUCUGCCGCCGCUGCUUGGAAAACAUCCUCAGCUCCCGGAACGAGCUCCGCUGCCCGGAGUGCCGCAUUCUCGUGGACUGCGGGGUGGACGACCUGCCGGCUAACAUCCUGCUGGUUCGCCUCCUGGACGGUAUCAAGCAGCGGCCGCAGCGAGGGAACGGAGGAGGAGCAGGCGGCAGGCAGUCCCUGGCUGGGGUCUCGCUGCAGGGGUACGCAGUCGGGAUAUCCGCUCCCCCCCCGGGCAGUGCGAUCCGAGAGUUGCCAGUGGCCGUAAGGAGCUCCCCUGUUAAGAAUAUCCCAGCACUGCCUUGUGGUAAAGCCCUCUACUCCUAUGAAGGAAAAGAACCAGGAGAUCUCCAGUUUUCUAAAGGUGACAUCAUCAUCCUGCGACGCAAAGUGGAUGACAACUGGUACCACGGCGAGCUCAACGGCUGCCACGGUUUCUUGCCCGCCAGUUACAUCCAGCUGCUGCGUCCCCUGAGCCAAACUCCACCUCAGGGAAAAGCGCUGUAUGACUUUGAGGUCAAAGACAAAGACCAGGAUAAAGACUGUUUGGCUUUCAGCAAGGAUGAGGUCCUGACAGUAAUCAGGCGAGUGGAUGAAAACUGGGCAGAAGGCAUGUUGGGAGACAAGAUUGGCAUCUUCCCCAUUCUCUAUGUGGAGUUGAAUGAAACCGCCAAGCAGCUGAUGGAAAUCGACAAGCCCACGUCAACUAACGCUCCAGGUCCCAGCUCCGAGCCAGCCCCAUUGGGUCCUUGCACCCCUGGCCCCUCCCCAAGCGCCUCCCCGUCCAACGGGAACGGCUCUGGCCAUCGAAGAGGUGAAGGGAAGAAGAACGCAAAGAAGAGGCAUUCGUUCUCUGCGCUGUCUGUCAGUCAGAGGGCAGCCCAACUCAACAACAGACACAGCAUGGAGAUCUCCCACCCAGUCCUCAUCAGCUCCUCUGACCCCAGAGCUGCUGCACGCAUCCAGGAUGCAUCCCACCCGGGUCCCUCUCCCUCUUCGGCAGGGGUACUGGUGCCCCCUAAAGUGGCAUCCAUUACCUCUGAGCUGCUGGCCCAUGCCAAGGUGCAGCUGCCACUCAACAUAUAUCUGGCUCUAUACGCCUACAAGCCCCAGAAGGCUGACGAGCUUGAACUAAGGAAAGGGGAGAUGUAUCGGGUGACAGAGAAGUGUCAAGACGGAUGGUUCAAAGGAACCUCAUUGAGAACUGCUGCCUCCGGGGUCUUUCCAGGGAACUACGUCACCCCGGUGUCCAGGGCUCCUUUUGGAGUCAAUUCAUCUCGGGGUUUGUCCAGUCCAGUGGCUGGAGGAGGAGGAGGGGGAGGUGGAUGCAGUCAAGUGGGGAGUAAAAUCCCAGACCCUUCAUCCCCUGGUUCCCCGGGGCCUUCUUCGUCCCGUCCCUCCACGCCGCUGAUAAACUCAGCCAACUCUGUUAACUCCACCAGUCCUGCCUCCUCGCCGCAAUCUGCCGCCGCCCAGCUGAAGAACUGCCUGCGCUCCAGUCAGCACACGGUUAACCAGGCACGCACCUCAAUGCAGCUGGUCCACAGUCCUCCUGCUGGAAGCCCAGAGCGCCCCACGUCAGCCAUCUCCCCCCUGCGUCCUCAGAGCUCCUCCCCUUCGCGCUGCUCGGGCCAAUCAGGUCGCCCACUCUCAAUGGUCUCUCCAGGACCCAGCUUGGGGCCCUCACCCCUCUCCUCCCCUGCCUCGCGGCCCCUCCUCCCUCUCUCCUCCCCACUCUCCUGCCUCACGCCUCCUAACGUGUCAGCGGUGCUCCUCAACGGGGAUCCAGCCAGUCCCCUGCAGUCGCCUUCGCCGGGUCCCUCCCACGCCCCCAACCAGGGCGCCCUCGCGCCAAAAGCAGAGAAGAAAGAGAGAAAAGCAGCCGGUUUAUUGAAGCUCCUGUCGGGGGCGGCAGCAAAAAAGAAACCUCGAUCACCUCCCUCCUCCCCGCCAACCCACGACCCCUCACUGAUCGGUCACUGCCCUGCGGCCACCGACCCUGCCCACCAUCCUCACCACCAUCACCACCAUGCCCGCUCAGGUUCCUGUCCCAUGGCGGCCCAUGGGCGAGCAGGCUCCUGUCCAAUUGAGAGCGAGAUGGGAGGGGCCAUCGGGCUGGAGCCACUGCACCGGAAGUCCGGGUCUCUGGACACCAACUUCCCCUUGUCCCCUCCACCAACACGCGCCUGCAAACCUUUGAUGGUCCUCCGGCCUGAACCAAAACCCCUGUCCAGAGAGCGGUAUCGUGUGGUGGUGCCCUACCCGCCCCAGAGUGAGGCGGAGAUCGAGCUGCGGGAGGGGGACGUCGUGUUUGUCCAUAAGAAGAGAGAAGACGGCUGGUACAAAGGCACCCUGCAGAGGACAGGACAGACGGGCCUGUUUCCCAGCAGCUUUGUUGAGAGCUUCUGAACUGGGAAAAGUUCAAGAAGAGCACACACUGAUCCUGACACUAAAUACACACACAUACACACACACACACACACACACACACACACACACACACACACACACACACACACACACACACAGCCUCACAGCUACAUACACAAAGAAUGGACCGGCAAUGGUUUCCCACAAUUAUAUUCCUUAGAUGAUUUAAAAAGUUGUUUUAACUAGAUACUUCACAUCAUUUUUAAAUAUCAAAUAUCAAAUAUUUUAAAUAUGUUAUAAGUUAAUUCUUUGAACAGUCUGUUAAGCAACACUGGAAUUUAAAGUAUGGGGGGAAAAAAAGUACAAAAAUCUCCUGUCUUCUGAAACCAUUAUCGGUCCAGCAACCUCGCACACACAUAAACACACACCUACAACCAUGUGGGAAAGUCAGCCCUGGCUUCAACCAGCCAUGCAGGAAGCAGCUUUUGGGUCAGAGGGGCUUCACCAGACUCGUUGGUAUGACCUGUGAUGUUGACUACUGAAGGCUCAAAGAGCACAGAAGGACAAACCUGCCUCCCAGCUCUCCUCCUUGGCAUACUCCACCAGCAACUACUCACACAAAAAAAAGCAUUAACUGUGCUUUCCACUGAGACCUCAGAACCUGGAUUUGAGUGCUUUCUUAGUUUGAAACGUGAAGAUUUUUUGAGCAGGUGCUGCUGGAAGUGUUAGGUUCCAGGAUUGUUUUUAAGCACAUCUAUGUGUCUAGUUUGUGACAACAAGCACAUGUCUUUCUUAACCCAGUAUGUGUUAAUAACAGUGCAUGUAGCAUUCUGAUGUUUUUUUUUUAUAUGUCGAAAUAGAUGUUUGUGUUGUCCCAAACUAGUCAUGCUGUGAAGCUUUUCCCCAGCCUUUGGUUUCAAAGCUAAUUCAAUUAGGUGAUUAAUAUUUCUAUUUAUAUAUAUCUUACUAAAAAUUUAUACAACAAUUUUUUAACUUAAAGUUGUCCUUUAUAGACCCACAGAGCGGGAGGGGACUGAAUUAACUGGCCUUCUGAAUGUAGGAAGAAACAGAAAAUCAUGCCAAAACUCUUGAAACAACUGAUUUGUAUUGACAAAGUUUUUUUUUUUUAUUCUCUGUCAGAUUUUACAGACAAAGAAUGCACUUGGUAAUAUUUGAUACAACCUGCCAAUAUAUCUACUUAUACAGUAUUUUACAUCAUUAUUUAUUUCUCAAAAGGGGAUUUCUAUUGCUAAUAGUCGGAUGUUUCUGUUUCAGGCAUGUUUUUCUUUCUUUAAAGCAGCAGGCACAAAACCUCUCUGGUAGGUUGAUGAAUCCUAAAGUCCUCAGCAAAAAAAAAAAUGAAGUUACCAAUGCAGUUGAAUUUUCCUAUUGGAAAAAAAACACACAUACUGUUCAUAAAUAUUGCUAGCAGUAAUUCCUCGUGAACAGCCUUUUCUGAACUCCAACUGCAGCAAUAUUAUGUCCCUGAAUGUGUGCAGAUUCAAUGUGCAUGGAUACAUGUACAGUCGAAAGGUCAGAAGGCAGAGACACAAAUUGUUCAUCACACAACUGCCAACCUUUUGACAACUUCUCCCCUGAUCUUUACCAACCUUUCUUGAGUAUUUUUGUACGGCUUCAAUGCGUGUUACCGUCAGUCUGCUUUGUGAAUCUCUACAUCCUGCGUGUGGAUCCAGGCUUGUCUAGUUUACAUCCACCCACAACCAUCUACCUUUUUAAUCCUUCUUUCUGGAGAUAGAAGCACAGUGAAACUCAGAGACACACUGUGUUUAAAUAUGAGUGUGUGUGUGUGUGUGUGUGUGUGUGUGUGUGUGUGUGUGUGUGUGUGUGUGUGUGUGUGUGUGUGUGUGUGUGUGUGUGUGUGUGUGUGUGUGUGUGUGUGUGUGUGUCAGAGAGGUCGAGGCCAGCAGGACUUUAAUGGUUGUUCAAAUGUUUUUUUUUUCCUCUCCUGCUGCUGAGCCGGCAGUCAAGCACAAACAACACCGGCCAUGUGCACACAGGUGAGGCUCCCUUAUUGGCCGAGGACACAAAUGAGAAUAUAAAUAUGAUUAUGUCCUAACCAGCUGAGAGUCUGUCAUUGGCACAGUCUCCUAGGUAAACAGCACAAACAAUAUAUUGAAAGACACAAAAAACAACAGAUUUCAGUGUAGACAAAUACAAAAUGUCUUUGUAGUCUCACGUGGAACAAACAAAGAAUUUUACAGAGACAACAAAAUGCCACAACCUUUUUAAAACGUAUAUCUUAUUCUCUUACGGUGUGACUGAAUAAUAAACAUGCAGAUGUCAACUCUCCAGCGACUUGCAGAGACAAGCACAUGACAGAAGUAAUGAGAGAAAAUGCAGCUUCUCUUCUUUCAUAAUCAAGUCUUUACACGACAGAUGUUUGAGACCCAACAUUUAACAUGCAAUCUCUUUAUUUAUCAGACCUCAACAUCAAUUUUCACUUGUUUUUCCCCAGCUAUUAGAUUCCUUGAGGAAACAAGAAUCAAUGUAGACACACACACAAAAUCACUAGCAUCUUGCUCUGAAAUCAUCUUCAUGCUGAUUGCAGUGCAGUAUCGGUAAUCCUGUGCAUUUUUUUUUUUUGUUUCCUUUUCUCCAGCAGGUCAAAAUCCACUAGCGAUUGUAAAUAAGACAUCAAACACAAGUUUAAAAGUGUGAGACAAAACUGAUCCUUAAUGAGAUAGAAUAAUGGAAUCAUGGCUCUUCUGCAGCUGGAGUGAUUUUUUUUUUUUCACAUUAAAUACAUCCUGUAAUACAGAAUGACAAGUGUUUUAGCACAGCCAAUAUUAACCAUGAAAAUCUCCCCAAUAGAGGAUGAAGUCCAAAAACAAUAUUUGCAUUGGUCUUCAAACCUGUCAGUCAAACUUGUGUGCCUCCAAAUGCCAGCACACACACACACACACACACACACACACACACACCCGGAAGUAUAUAUACAUCAGGCAGAGCAAUCCAUCUGUAUCUCCUCUGUGUCUUUGUAUCCGUACAAUGAGCCUGCUGGUUGUUUUUCUGUCAACUCUGUUCUGUUGGACUCGAUGACAAAAAAAAAACCCAGCAGAUCCCAGAACAGCUUUGCACAGGCGCUGAGCACAGUUUCUCUGUGUCUGUGUGUACUGAACAGAGGACUCUCAUUUCUUCUGAGUCGAGAAAUGUAAGCACAAGUCCUUGUUUUUUCCGUCAGAGAUCAUCAGAUUAAAAUGGUCUUAAUAUUAUUUGAACGAGGUCGAUGCUGUGAGGAGGAGCAGAGUUUACAACAGUCGAAACAUCAGGAACAAAAACCACUGCACGGUGGUCACUUUACGAAAACAAAUAUCUUGAAGUGCAAGUUUUGCUUAAUGUUUUCCAUGGCGUUUGUGUUUAUUUACGUGAUGUAAGCUUAUCUUUGGUCUCAGCUUCCUGGAUGUUAAAAAAAACAAAAAAAACAGAAAACACUUGAGAAGUCAUGGUGACAGCUUGAAAAAUGUAAACAAGCCACCAGCAGCGGCAGCAGCAGUAAAUUGGACUGGACAUGCACAUAAAACAUCAAACCCAUCAGUAGACGAUACAUACAAUGUUUCACUGAAUUUAAUAUCAAACUGCUUUCCUCCAUGGCUUUUUUUUUGUCCCUCCAGGAAGCUCUCACCCUGCCAUCUUGAAUUAGAUGUCGGCCAUAUUUGUUCCUAUGGAUACUUGUGUGUUUGAAUAUGUAUGUGUGUGUGAGGGGAGGGGGGGGGCCUCUGUAUGUAGCUCUUCACAUGAAUAACUUGAUGACUAAAGUUUGGUGCGGCGUGAACACUCAUGCCUCAUCACGACUGAGCGAAUAAAGCGGUACAAUGGGAGAGAAAGAGAAGAAAGUAUAUAUAUAAUUCUAUAUUGUGCAGAAUAUUUAUAGGCCUUUUGUGCCAUUGAAGUCAUGCUCUGCGCUGGACACACCCAGCACUCUCUACCAUGUGAUCAUUAUACAUCGUCUUGUACUGAUGACCCGUGGCUGAUUUGAUUGUUUUUUUUUCAUGUCAAGUGCAUUUUUCGCAAUAAAUGCCUUUGUUUUAAAA